GUUUUUAAAGCGACACAUCUGAGUACUGUAUUUUCCAAGACCGAACUCGUGUGAAUUCGUACCAGUAAGGUGCGGAUUCAGUGAUAAACCUCUGAAGUACAGGUUGCAUCACAAAAGAUACCCAGACUGAGGGAGGACAAUGUAUGAAAAUGUCCCAACAGUCUCCACAGUGGAGCGCCAGCAGGUGCUGCAGGCCUUGGAGCGGCUGCAGGCUAAGAUGGCCCAGAGGGAGGAGUGGACCCACAGUGAGAGGCUGGGGGUGCUAAGGGAUGCCCUACAGAGCCCAUUGCUAGGACACAUCCUCACGCUGCAGCACUCAAUCAAACAACUUAAAGACCAGCUGAACUGCAUGCCUCCCGACACCUGCAGUGAGUUCAGCUUCUCCAGGAAGGGCCAGCUGAUCGUCAGUGCCAGCCGCCCGGCCAGCAGCCUGUGCACGUCCGGCCCCGGCUCGGUGCUGUCCAAUGGCUCAACCCUCUCCUCAGUGGGCCUCCGCUCCCCCGACCAGCUCCAGAGAUGGCUCCGCACUGCCGCCAAGGGGAGGCCGACUGAGCACAUCAGCCUGCCCAAGCCCCUGUCUGGAGGCCUGGGCUUCAGUGUGGUAGGCCUGAGGCCUGAGGGGACUGGGGGCCACGGGGUCUUCAUCAGACAGGUCCAGCCUGGGAGCAUCGCACACAGGGAUGGGCGCAUGCAGGAGAACGACCAGAUCCUGGUGAUCAACGGGACCCCCCUGGACCAGAGUGUCACCCAGCAGCAGGCCAUCACUCUGCUGCAGCAGCCUGGGGACAGGGUGGAUCUGGUGGUGGCCCGGGAACCAUCAACUGCCACACAGCACACGCCGCUGCUCCCACCCGGACCCAUCAUUCAAAAGAGCGUCCAGGAGCAGUGGGGCCAUGUAGAGGAGAUGGAGCUGGUGAACGACGGCUCUGGCCUGGGCUUCGGUAUUGUUGGAGGCAAGGCCACGGGGGUGGUGGUCAGGACCCUGGUGCCAAACAGCGUGGCUGAUAAGGAUGGGCGUCUGCGUACGGGCGACCAUAUCCUGCGUAUCGGGGAGACCCCCACUUGGGGCCUGGCCAGUGACCAGGUGGUCAAGGUGCUGCAGGGCUGCGGGAGCCGUGUGCGCAUGCUCAUCGCCCGUGACCCUUUGGGACAGCCCUCCACCUCCUUGCCUCCCCCUCCCCCGCCCGCCACCAGUCCCGUCUCAGCCCUGCCCCCACUGCCUGGAGUCGGACCCCAGCGCAGGGUCAGCAGGACUCCCAACCUGGAGGGUUAUGAGAUCCAUGAAGUGCCUCUGAAGAAGAAGGAGGGCCAGAGCCUGGGCAUCUCCAUCAUCGGUUACAACGCCUUUACCAGCGAAGACGCGUUGGGGGUGUUUGUGAAGAACGUAGUUCCUGGGAGUGCAGCUGAGCAGAGCGGAAACAUACGGAUCCACGACAGGAUUAUAGCGAUGGACGGGGUGAGCCUGCAGGGCUUCACUAACCAGGAAGUUCUGGAUGUGAUGAAGCAGACGGGCCAGACGGUCCACCUCACCCUGGCCAGGAAGAUGGCCUCGCCCAGACCCUCACUGGAGAGGUCCCUGGACAAAGUCCAGAGAGAGCCGUCGCGUGUGUCUCUGAAGAGGUCUGCAGAGAUCAAGGCUCGGUCGUCAGACCUGCAGAGGGCCCCCAGCGUGGCCCCCCUACUGGAGCCCACUGAGACACUUCUGAUGAGCACCAGCAGAACACAGCUGGCCAGCGCUAUGGAGGGAGUCUCUCUGUCUGAGCUGGAGCUGAGGGCCAAAUGGGAGCAGGCCCUGGGGCCAGAUUACGACGUUCUGGUGGUUGUGCUGGACCCUGUCAUCGAAGAUGACGCUGAGCUACAGAAGUACUCCAAGCUUCUUCCCAUCCACACCAUGCGCCUGGGGGUUGAGUUGGACUCGUUCGACGGCCACCACUACAUCUCUUCUGUGGCUCCUGAGGGCCCUGUGGCCAAACACGGGCUGCUGAGACCAGAGGACGAGCUACUGGAGGUGAACGGGGUGCAGCUGUACGGCAAGUCGAGGCGUGAGGCGGUGGCGUUCCUGCGUGAGGUGCCCCCUCCCUUCACCCUGGUGUGCUGCAGACACCUGACAGAGGAGGGCUCAGACUAUCAACCGGACCGCGAUGACGAGUGGCGCUCGCCCAGCCCUGCCAUCAGCUUGUCUGAGCUUGAAGCCAAGCUGUCCUCUGCAUUGACAAGUCAGGCCUACCUCCGAGACAAUGACAGUGAACAACCUCAGGACCAUGUGACCCUACAGGAGAUGUCAGAUGAGGAGCCGGAGGAGCCAGUGCCCACAUACCCCAGCCACCAGGAGGAGAUGCCACAGGAGAAGAGGGGGGAAGAGGAAGAGGAGGAGGAGGAUGAAGAAGGAGAGCUGGCUCUGUGGUCCCCAGACAUCCAGUUGUUGGAGCUGGAGAAGGGAGAGAGAGGCCUGGGCUUCAGCAUCCUAGACUACCAGGAUCCUCUGGACAUUGCACGCUCCGUCAUAGUCAUCCGCUCGCUGGUGCCCGGCGGCGUGGCAGAGUGCCAUGGGGGCGUGCUCCCCGGGGACCAGCUGGUGUUUGUCAAUGACACCUACCUGGACACGUGCACCCUGGCUCAGGCCGUGGAGGUGCUCAAGGCCGCCCCGUCUGGAACCGUCUACUUGGGCAUCUGCAAGCCACUAGUGAUGGAAGGAGCAGAGGAGAGGGGACAUGGUGACCUGGAGCUCCAGAGGACAGAGGGACAGAGCAAGGACCGAGAGGAGAGUGUGUCCCUCUCGCUUACACACUCACUCCUGCCUGUUUCCAAGGGCUUUGGUGAUGGCUCCAUCCUCCCAGAGGAUCUUAGACAGGAAGAGGACGAACCCGAGCUGAUCCUGGACGGUAGCGUCCCUCGCUACACCUCACCUUUGACCCCUGCCUUGACCCUUAACCCCACCCCCACCUUGACCACUAGGAGCCUUAACCCCACCCCCACCUUGAACCCCAGCCCCAUGGGAGAGGAGAGGGAGAUGGCCGUGGAUGAAGAGGAGGGAGAAGAGGAAGAAGGAGUGGAGGUGGAGGAUAGGGAGGGGCAGGUGGUGGACCCCUACCCCAGAAAACCCCCACCAUCAUGGGGAGAGCGGGAGAGAGACAACAGAGGUCCUGUCCCGCCGGCCUCUGUCCACUCUGGAGCUCAAGAAAAGCAGGUGGAGGAGAUGGAACAAGGUGGAGAUGGAACAUUGGAGAAGAUGCCCAAUCCAGACCUGCAGCCCAGAGCCCUUCUUGACCACCUCUCUCUGGUUCAGUCUGUGGACUCCUGGGUGGAGAUGGGUGGGGACAGUGAGGCAGACUCGGACUCCAGGAACGGAGGAUCAGAACUCACCCUGACUGACACAGACACCGACUCGGUGCGUUUGGUUGACACAGAGAGGAGGAAGAGGAGGUCCCAGGGUGCUGGAGGAGGACACAGUGAUCUACCAGAGAGGGAGGAAGGAGAGGGAGAGGAAACCCCUGCGUUCAGCCACUGGGGCCCACCACGCAGAGUGGAGGUGUGGCAGGAAGAGGGCGAGUCCCUUGGCAUAAGCAUUGUGGGCGGGCACAGCGUCAUCAAGAGACUGAAGAAUGGAGAGGAGCUCAAGGGCAUCUUCAUCAAACAGGUACUGCCGGAGAGCCCCGCGGGACGCACUUGCGCGCUCAAGACCGGAGACAAGAUACUGCAGGUAUCAGGUGUGGACCUCCAGAAUGCCAGUCAUGAGGACGCGGUCCAGGCCAUCAAGGCAGCUCCUAGUCCCGUGGUGUUCAUCGUCCAGAGCCUCACUGCCACGCCGCGGUCUGUCUCGCUAACGGCGCCCAGUUACAACAAACACAAGGCAAAGAGGAGAGUCAUGCCGAUCGUAGCAGUAGGAGGCGCCCCUCCCCCGAUGAGACUCCCCCCGCCCUACCGGCCCCCCAGUCAGCUGACAGAGGAGCAGGAUGAGGAGCUGGAGGAGGCCAAAGAGCGGAUCAGGCUGCGCUAUGGGGAGCUGUGCGGGGAGCUGCUGUGUGUGGAGCUGGACAAAGAGCGCCAGGGCCUGGGCCUGAGUCUGGCAGGCAACCGCGACCGCUCCUGCCUCAGCAUAUUCGUGGUGGGCAUCAGUCCCGGGGGCCCCGCCGCCAAAAACGGAAGCAUCCGUGUUGGGGACGAGCUGCUGGAGAUCAACAACCAGGUCCUGUAUGGCCGCAGCCACCUGAACGCCUCAGCCAUCAUUAAGAGCGCUUCAUCCAAGGUCAAGAUUAUCCUCAUCAGGAACGAAGAUGCUAUCAACCAGAUGGCUGUUCCCCCCUUCCCAACCCCUCCUUCUGUCCUCUCCUCCACUGAGGCUCAUCCCCCCACACCAGCAGCAGCAGCUGUAUCGGCCUUGGCCCCUACUGAGAAGCCCCAACCUCCAGAGAGCCUGGUCCUCAGCAGGGGCCCCCUGGAGGCCUCCAUCUCUAUCAGCAAGGAGCAGUCCAGUGUUGGCUCCAGUGGGAGCACAGCUAUGGAGCUCGUCUCCAGAGAAGCAACGCUCAAGAGCCUCCGAGAGGGAGAAACCGCAUCCAAGAAGGUCAAGGCCUCUGAGAAGGGGGCGGAGUCUUUGGAGAGUGUGCCUGUGCCGGUUGCCAAGGCCCUCCUGGAGCAGACUGCCAGCCUGUCCAAGAUCUCACAGAGCUCCAGUAAGCCAGUGGUGAGCACUGUGGACGGAGGGCUGGUGUCCCCCCCUGCCUCCUCCCUGCCCUCCUCCUGCACCGGUCCAGACUACUGCAGCAAAGUAGACCCAGCCACGUGUCCUAUCGUUCCAGGCCAGGAGAUAGUCAUAGAGAUUGCCAAGGGUCGCUCUGGCCUGGGCCUCAGCAUCGUAGGGGGCAAAGAUACACAGCUGGAUGCUAUAGUGAUCCAUGAGGUGUAUGAGGAGGGGGCGGCGGCACGCGACGGACGACUCUGGGCUGGAGAUCAGAUCCUGGAGGUGAAUGGUGUGGACCUGCGCAGCGCUGCCCACGAGGACGCCAUCGCAGCCCUACGGCAGACCCCGGCCAAGGUGUGUCUGACGGUGCUACGGGAUGAGGCGCAGUACCGCGAUGAGGAGAACCUGGACGUGUUCAGUGUGGAACUGCAGAAGAAGGCCGGCCGCGGCCUGGGCCUCAGUAUCGUUGGCAAGAGGAAUGGCACGGGGGUGUUCAUCUCGGACGUGGUGAAAGGGGGCGCUGCCGAGCUGGACGGCCGACUGAUGCAGGGGGACCAGAUCCUCUCUGUCGAUGGAGAUGACAUGAGGCAGGCUUCGCAGGAGACGGUGGCCGCCAUUCUCAAGUGUGCCAGGGGGAUGGUGCUCCUAGAGCUGGGCCGACUGAAGGCUGCCUCCUGGAUCUCUUCCAGACACACCUCCCAGGGAAGCCAGAUGAGCCACGUGAUUGCCAACAGCACAAUCGUCAUGCCCCAGCCCCUGCUAAACUCCACCCCCUCCACCUCUCAGCUUCUCAACAAUGCCAGGAAGCCCAUGACGGAGAGCAUGACCUCAUCAAAGAGUGCAGGAGCAGAGAUGGGUAUGCGCACUGUGGAGAUCACACGGGGUCCUACUGAUGCGUUGGGGAUCAGUAUAGCUGGGGGGAAGGGCAGUCCUCUUGGGGAUAUCCCCAUCUUCGUGGCUAUGAUCCAGGCCAACGGGGUGGCAGCCAAGACACACAGGCUCAAGGUGGGAGAUAGAAUAGUGAGUAUCAACGCUCAGUCUCUGGAUGGCAUGUCCCAUGGGGAUGUGGUCACCAUGCUGAAGAAUGCCUACGGCAGCAUCAUUCUCCAGGUAAUCGCCGACACCAACAUCACUGCCAUAGCCAGUCAGGUGGAGAGUAUGUCCACUAGCACCAGCCUUCCCAACAGCCCAGACUCACAGCCAGGGGAGCCAGAGGCCCCCAAGCCCAAGAGUAUUUCUCUGGAGAAGGGUUCUGACGGCCUGGGCUUCAGCAUCGUAGGGGGCUUCGGAAGCCCCCAUGGAGACCUGCCCAUCUACAUCAAGACUGUCUUCAGCAAGGGGGCAGCGGCGGUAGACGGGCGUCUGAAGAGGGGCGACCAGAUCCUGUCGGUGAAUGGAGAGAGUCUGGAGGGGGCCACCCACGAACUGGCCGUAGCCAUACUGAAGAGACAGAGGGGGGCCGUUACUCUGAAAGUACUCUCCUAGUUCACCCACACACCUAUACCCCCGAUGGCAAGCGACCAUUAUGGGGGUUGAACUAGUUUCAACUUUCCAGCGUGCAAAAAAUAUAAGACUCUGUUCCGAGGAGUUGGCCAACAUCUGAUGCCCGUCUUCACCCUUUUAAACAGCCCAUUAACGAGAAGGUGGCAUUGGUUCUGGAACGAUUCAAUCUAUAGGUGGCACUGCCAGGGAGAGCCCUGCCCUGUAGAGAUGUAGAGAGAAAACGUGUGCCGCGUUCAGCUGUGCCCUCAAGUGAACCAUGAGAAAUAAGAGGACUAUUUGGGAGGCUGCAGGAAGUAGUGACACCUCAUUUCCUGUGUGCCAUCUUAGGAGCUUGCUUCACGAUGAGGGCGGUCCAAUGGCUGCACUGACUGGAUACACAACAUGACUUAAAAUGGCAGAUGCUUGAAUGUUAUGUAGCAAGGAAACAAAGGGAAGCUUUACAGUCUAUGUGAAUAUCUGCUCUCUGUGUCAUUUCAGCUUUUUUUGUGUGAUCGCACUCGUGCUUCCUUCCUAGAACACUGAUAGAACAAUACAAGAUAUUCAGUUGGUUUAGGUCUCUUCACCGUUAGCCUGGCAUUAGCUUAGCAUCUCCCUGAUGGGGAGACACUGGUUAGCCGUUAGCGAUGUUAGCUGCAGGUUCUGCUAAUGUUCAAACUGUGAGGGUGAAUGGACUCGGCAGGGAAUGGGGCUAUGACACAGUGAGUCACUGUCAGGUUGACACACAUCUUCUAAUUUCUCUCAUACACUUGUCCAUUUGUCUCAUGUCAUACUUGCCCACACACAAUUUAAAUUCGUAGUAUCAUACUCUUACACAAAGGUAGUAAGCUCAACAGUCUAGUCCCCUCAAACACAACUCUGGACCUCGAAGACAGUUCCACUGCAUUUUUUCAUUAUUGCCCUCUAAUCAGGGAACUGAUUUAGACCCGGGACACAAGGUGGGUGCCAUUUAAUUAUCAGGUAGAACAGAAAACCAGCAGGCUCCAGAACUCGUAGGGUAAGAGUUGAAAACCACUGGUCUAGUCUAUAUAUGUGGUCAAAGAAAUGAAUCAACGCAUUUAUGCUGAAAUAACUGGUAACCUGCCAUGUACUUCUAUACCACUUAAUAGCAUGCUCGUAAGCAUGACACAACACCCUCUGUAGCCAACCAAAAGCAGUUAUAAAGGCCAACAACUACUUGCUGGUAUUUCACUAUACAGUAUGUUGUGUAGUCCUGCUAAGAGUUGUUGUAAGCUAUUGUGCGUGUCACGAAGGAGUUAUGUCUUGCAUAUGCAGAUGUUAGACAGGUUAUUAGUACACAGUUUUGCCAAAUAAUCAGAACCCGCUUUGAAUCUGAGACCUUUGCAAAGCAAUGAAAAAUAUAUACAGUGUGUGUUUGUUAGCACUGUUGCGGCAGACACGUUGCUAUUAGCGGUACAAUAUAAUGUAGGCGAAUCUCAGGACUUAAAUCGGGCAUCGUGUCUGUUACUGGGGCUUGCUUUCCCCUAGUGUGGGUUUGUAUGGAGGGUAGCUACAUCUUUACCUCUGUUGCUGGCCCUGGAAUAUCCCUGUAAGCCUAUUAAGGUUCUAUGAAAUGGUGUCAAAAUACAUCCAUGUCUUAACUAGUCUGGUCCAAGAUAUUUGUGCUACUCCCAUGGUCAUUAUCAAGCCAAACAAGACCGCACAAACAUGACUGGAACCAGGCUUUAUCUUAACUGGUAGAAGGGAGAAAGAUUAUGCUAAUGCUAAUUUGAGUUGGAUGAUCCACCUCCUAUCCAAUCCCAAUCAUUUUAGUUUGUGGACUGGCCACGUGCAUUUCAGUUAAGUGCUAUUACUUUUUGUUUUACCUGCCUUUGUCAUUGUUUUUAUUAGUGUCAUGCGGAUGGUACUACAUGCAUGUUACUGUAAGCUUAUUCUUUUGUUUAGACGUAUCAUGGCAACAAAAAAAUAUAUCAAUGUUUUUGGUCAUUUGGGGCACUAUCAGAAUCAAUUGACUGAAACAGGAAGGGACAACCUGAACUUAAGAAAUGCUUGUUUUUGUUUUGCGUAGCAAGACAAUUUGCUACGGUGUGCACUAAUGAAUACAACCAUGUGUGUCUGUAGCUCCACACUGUCCUGUCCAGCUGCGAGAAGCUCACCACGUCCCAACAAUUACAGGAUAUCCUGUCUCCCUCGGCUGGAGCCCGUCGUUUGUUUCCCGUGUUGCUGCAACCCCUCCACGCUCACAGGAAGUGACACCACGUUACUCCAAGACACUUUGAGGCCCCCCCUCGGUUGUAUUCAUUAGGCCCCAAACGAGAGAAAGCAGACUGAAACAAGGAGGCAAUACCUGAACUUGCCCAAUAAAAAACACUUGUUUUCUGUUGCAAACCAUUUAGCUACAAUGAAUACGACCCCGGCUGACACUAAGGAAAACCCUACAUAUUAACUCUCGAACCGUGCCUGUCUCAGUAAAAGUGCAAUCUGGUGUGCGUCCUAAAUACUUGUAAGGGGUCCUAGGAUUUAGGGGAAGUGGGCUUCUUAAGGGGACUGACUACUGCUCUGCCAUGAGUCGCUGAUGUGCUAGAGUAGACAGUGUGUUCAUCAUACGUCGGUCUUAUUUCUGUGAGAGCCUAUUGCUGUAAGUCUUAAUGCCAGAUCCCUUUAAAGAGAUUACGUUUAAACUCACACACAUUCAGCCACUCACUGCUGCCUAUUUCACGUUCUUCUUUCCCUCUCUCUCAUGCUGUUUUCCUCAUGCUGUGAUCUCUCCAUCUACUCUAGACUUUUAGAUUUUGUCAGAAUUUUUCCUAUGCGUGUCAAUUGGCAAUAGGCUGUGUGUGUGUACACGUGCGUGUGUUCAUCAGAAGUUGUACUGAUGAUGAUGAUCCUGUAACUCCCAAUAAUUCCGUCUUAUGUCAUCGAUGAACUGAACGCUCGUCCGUAGCGCCACAGAAAACGUAUUUCUUCACAUCAUUGAUCGAUGGAACGCAUUUUCAAAUCCAAAGAAACAAUCCACCCUUCAUAUAUCGAUGUGUGACAAGCUCUGCUGUAAUAACGUGGUUACACAGUAUAUAUCUAUAGAAAAAUAUAUUCUCUAUGAUCACAAAUGCAAGUCUUAUCUUUAAAUGUGUGUAGCCUACUGACUGUGGUCAUACACUGAUGCUCUUUGUGAAUUCUGAUUAAUUGUCUGAUGAUGAUCCAUGUUUUAUUAAAUACAAGGGGAGCACAAUCAUUUCCACCAUGUCCUCCCUCUGAUCUUCAA